AUGGAGAAGGUGCCGUUUCAGGUUUUGACUGCAGAAAAUGGAACUGGCCUUUACCUGGAAAGACAACACAUGAUAAAAUGUACAGCAGAUAUUCAACAGAGAAUGGAACAUAUGCUCCCCUUCUUCAGAGUUUCUUUCAGUUGUCAAGUGAAGCUGAUAGUGAUAUACUAA